GCUGCCUUGGAACGCCAGAUCCGCCCAAUUUACGAUGCACUCGACACGGGCUCCAACAAGUCGGCCAUAGUUUCUUGCAACAAGCUCUUGAAGAAGCAGCCGAAUAAUGACCUGUUGAAGGCCCUCAAGGCAUUGGCUCUAGUCCGAUCGCAAAAGGUCGAGGAAUCAUUGAUGCUAUGCGAUGAAGUACUUGCACACCGACCCAUGGAUGACGCGACGCUGUCCGCCAUGUCGCAUGUCCUCCGCGGUCUUGGUCGUCACACGGACGUUGUCAAGAUGUUCGAGGAAGCCUUUAAGGCGCAACCUUUCAACGAGGAAUAUGGAGCACAGACCUUCUUCGCAAACGCCAGGAUUGGGAACUGGAAAGCCGCACAGCUGGUUGCCACCAAAAUGCAUAAGCAGUUCCAAGAGGACAGGUAUAUCUACUGGUACGUUAUUGCUGUCAUGCUCCAGGCCAAUGAUCCAGCGACUCCCGAGAACAUGAAAGGCCUCCUCCAUAAGCUUGCACACAGCAAACUCAUGACAUCCCCAACGCCAGCUUAUGUCAUGCCUGAUCGACUAUACCUGCAUCUCACUGUGCUGCGUGAACUGGGAAUGUUUGACGAUGCACAAAAGGUGCUAGAUCACGAGACUGGCAGGAACAUGUAUAAUGCGAGUCUAGUUGUCGAUGAGCUCCGUCGAGAACUAUGGCGCCUCUCCGGCCGGUGGACGCAGGAGCGAGAGCUCGCGGAGCACCGAAUCACGGAGAAGAAGGAUCGGAAUUGGCUGGAAUUCCUGUCCGUCCUCGACGCGACCUUUUCCUCCGUCACUUCGUCGUCGCCUGUCGACGAGGAUUCCCGGGCUGAGUGCCUCGAGCGCAUUACACAGGCCAGAGAACUAUUCAACCGCGUUGCCGAGGAGGACGGCGUUAAGGAUCGCUCAGGUCUACUAGCGCUUAUCGAGCUAGAGAAACGAUCAAGACAUCACGAUUUCUGUCAAGAUUCUUCGGAGCUCCUUUCUCUCAUGCAAAAAUAUUGGCAUCAGUUUGGAGAGAAGAUGUGCUUCUUCGAGGAUAUUCAGCCAUAUCUGGACUUGGACAGUGACACUCUUUCCAAAUGGACCACCUUUCUGGACUCUGUCCAACCUUCAUAUGACACCGAGCCGAAUCUGCGUCGUACAAUAAACUGGUAUAAGACACGGCGGUACACUAUCCCUGAGGCUCAGAUAACUGCAGAGUUGGAAUCGGAGCGCGCAUCGGAGUAUACCAAGGCGUACCUGACGGGUUUGCCGCUUGGGAAGAGUUUACCUGAGACGGAGCUGCAGCCUGCUGAUGAUCUUGCUCUCCUUGCGGCGCAUGCAUUCAUCUCCUCUUGGACAGCUGGCGGCGGUGAGGCACAGCUGUAUAAUGCGGCUGUGGUCCUCGAAUACGGUCUCGGCAGAAGUAAGCAAUCGUACCAUAUGCGGUUGCUGCUUAUCCAAAUAUACAGAUUACUCGGCGCACCCAGUCUAGCACUGGAACACUACCGGCUGUUACACGUGAAGCAGGUUCAGAAUGACACCCUUUCGCACUUGGUCCUAGCAAGAGCCUCAACUUUCUCUCUGGCUGCCACGGGCGACUUGACGUACCCUUCUGAGUGCCUCGAAUCCAGCCACAUCUACAUGAGCAACUCCCAUGAGACUUCGGAUUUCAUUGUCAGGGCAUUUACUCAGGAGAAAUACUCACAGGUGCGUUUUAUUCCGGAUCUGAUUGCUUUGGAAGAGAGACUCGAUAAUUCACUCCAAAGGGACCUUGUAAAGCUUGAGCAUGUCCGGAUGAGGAUAACACAUGAGCCGGUGAACUCGGAGUUGAUUGACAUGGAACUCAUCGAGCUGAAGUUCAAUUUCGACCGAUAUCAUUACGACAACCGAGACAUCAAAGUUUUCAGUAACUAUCAACCUCGCGGUCAGAAAUCAACAUUUGAGCAAACGUUGUUAUUUAAGAAUUUGCCAGGAUCAGGAUGGCUGUUUGCUUUCUUGAAGAUCUACAUCAGGGCGCUGCAACACGCUAGUGAUGUAGACGAGACAGUAGAAGCCAAACUGUUAAUCGGGGACAGACCCAAGCAAAGUCAUGAACCUGAAAUCCAACGACCACUGAAGGAACGGCUGGCUCACCGCAAACAGGAAGAGUUGGACCAGUUAACUCCCAGUGAACUCGCAUUUUAUGACUUUGCCACAGUUUUGGGUGAAUGGUUGGAACCUCACCAUGAUCACAUACGGCCCCCACCCUCAGCUGUUCUAGCCGAAGCGUCGAAGCAGACUGAAGCCAAGACGGGGCGUCCAUUACAGGGCAUCGACAUCUCCGCUGAUCUUCCCACCAAUGGGCACGCUAAGAAAGACGAGGAGGCACCACCAGUGAAGGAUGCGCCGGCAUCAAUCGCUGGUUUCUUCGAUGACAUGCUAGCCCGUUUCAAACAGCUAGUUGAAGGCGGUGCUCUGCCACCUGAGCUUCUUCAUGUGGCUGCUUUGACUCAGGAAGCUUUGAUCCUGUUCACGAUCGAGACUCUUCGUUUCAAACCAGCGUCCAUCGUGAAAAUCCAUAAGCUUGGCGCCUUGGUUGCGAGCUGCAAAACGAUUCGAACGAAGGCCGCGGACGUCUUGAAGGAAAUGUCCGCAGAGUUAACGAAGAUCAGCGAAAAGGAGGGUACCCAAGAGCGACGUAAGGCCUUCGUAGAACUUUGUAAGCCUGUCCAGGCGACCGGCCAGAUUGAUCAUGACUUCGUCCUCGACGUCGCAAAAAGAGUCACCGACUCUCGCAAAAAGGUGUUAGAGGGUGUUGCGAAAGGUAUCCUCAAAGUAACCUCAGUUCAUGCAUAA